AUGAUGCCCUCGGCGCAUGUCUACGGACAUCACCAGUUUGGCCACCAGGCCGAGUCGUCCUGGAUGCACCAACAGCCCGGCCAUCAUCAGCAGCAGCACCCGCAGCAGGGAGGCGGCGCCUCGGCCGCGCAGCAGCAGCAGCAACAGCAGCAGCAGCAGCAGCAGCAGCAGCAGCAGCAGGCGCAGCAAGCUCAGCAAGCUCAACAAGCACAGCAGCAGGCGCAGCAAGCACAGCAGCAGCAUUACAACCGUCUCGCCAAUAACAACCACACAAACAACAACCAUGCUAACAACGGGAACCAAAAUACCGCGCAUAGCCAGCAGGAUAACGGCCACGAGCAUAUCUCCGAGGACAACCGCCGCACCAUGGCCUACAUCGCCGACCUCUUGCACGAAAACACCCGCGAGGCCGCGCUCCUCGAGCUAAGCAAGAAGCGCGAGCAGGUGCCGGAACUGGCCCUCAUCCUGUGGCAUUCGUUUGGUGUCAUGACGUCCCUCAUGCAAGAAAUCAUCUCCGUCUACACGCUUCUCAACCCUUCCCAGCUCACGGCAGCCGCCUCAAACCGCGUCUGCAAUGCUCUCGCCCUGCUGCAGUGCGUCGCAUCGCAUAAUGAGACGCGCGCCCUCUUCCUCAACGCGCAUAUUCCACUCUUUCUCUACCCGUUCCUCAACACCACCUCCAAGUCGCGACCCUUUGAGUACCUGCGUUUGACUAGUCUAGGCGUCAUUGGCGCCCUAGUCAAGAACGACUCUACAGAAGUCAUCAACUUUCUGCUGACCACCGAGAUAAUUCCUCUGUGCCUCCGCAUCAUGGAGACUGGCUCAGAACUUAGCAAGACUGUCGCCAUCUUUAUCGUCCAAAAAAUAUUGCUUGAUGACAAUGGUCUUAACUACAUCUGCGCCACCUACGAGCGGUUCUACGCCGUCGGUACUGUCCUGAGCAACAUGGUGGCUCAGCUCGUCGAAUCCCAAACUGCGCGUCUGCUCAAGCACGUUGUCCGUUGCUUCCUUCGCCUGAGUGAUAAUGCCAGAGCUCGCGAGGCCCUGCGCCAGUGCCUCCCCGAACCCCUCCGCGAUGCUACUUUCUCGUCUGUUCUGCGCGAUGACGCGGCUACCAAGCGUUGUCUCGCUCAGCUACUCAUCAAUCUCUCUGACAAUGUCGGCGACCCUAGCAACUCUGGCGUUUCGGGCAUGUGA